AUGGCUACCGCAUACAAACCCUCCCCGCUGAGCUACGGCUCCCCGCGAUCCUCUCCAUUCCGCCGCCCCGACAGCAACCCGCCCUCUCCCCUCCGCCAGUCAACACCCAAUCCAUCUCCCACAAAGAUGGCCACCGCGACGACGGUCACCACCCCUUCACGACUCGCCCGUGCCUCGACGCCCACCGCAGGCUCAGAGGCCGGGACAUGGACGCCGCGUGGUCCCGCGCCGCCUCCCCAGCGCGAGAUGGAAGCGUCGCCGACGAGGGGCUCAGGCGUGGCCAGUCCGGGAUUCGGAGGGAUGCUGACGGCGACGAGGAGUGCGGACAACAACAAUGCGUUGUCGAGGUUGCAGCCGGCGCAGGUGAGGGAGCUGAGGGAGGGAUUUCAGGUGUUGGAUAGGGACAGUGAUGGGCUGGUGGGACGGGAGGAUGUCGUGGAUAUGUUGACGCAGCUGGGCAUGUCGGCAAACGCUUCUCAAAUUGCGGCUUUCUUUCCACACGGUUCAUCGCAGACGGUCGCUCUCCCAACGUUCCUCAAUUCUAUCGCCAUACAGCUCACGGCGCUCAGUCCACCAGCGGAACUCCUGUCGGCAUUUUCGGCGUUCGAUGAGGAUGAUAGCGGACAAGUCGAUUUGGCGGAGUUGAGGGAUGCAUUGCUUCAUACGGCCCCUGAUCCAGGAGAGAUUCCGUUGACCGAGAGGGGAAUUGAUAGGGUUAUGAGUGGAUUUACUGGGAGGAGGGCGUUUGGGAAACACGCUGCUGGGAUGGGAAAGAGAGGAGAGGUGUUUAAGUAUCAGGAGUUUGUGGCCGGUGUGGCGGGGGGUGCGACUACAGAUGGGAACUCGGAGAGGGAAAGCGAGGAGUGA